CAUCCUCUUCUUCUCUCUGUAAGCUUUUGUUUUUAUCUCUCUUCUCCAUUGGUUGAUUUCUCUUUCGACACCUUCUUUUUAGGGUUUCUUCUGAUCACUGACGCCAAAGAGAAAGGCAAGCAUCAGAAUCAUCAUUGAUAUCCGUGAGAAUUCUCAACUUUUUAGGGUUUGAUGCUCUGUGAUUGUUCAAGAUUUCGAAUUCUAAUCAUUUCUUGCGAUUUCUGUUAGAUAUUUUCUGAUUUGUUUUGGUUUUUUAGCGUUCUUUACUCGAGAUUAUAUUCGUCGAAUCUUGUUUUUUCAGUGGAUUUAGUGAAAAGGAUUUUGAAAUCUGAUAUCGAGUUUUGAGAAAUUUGGACGAGUUUGUUGGUUCGGUUCAUCAGAUUUGGUUUGGAUAUGUUUUUGUGAUUGCGUUACCAGAGAUAAUUGAAAGUCUUCGAUAGUUAAGUAGUUGUGGUGGAUUUGAAAAUUAGUGAAGUCUCUUCGGGAUUGAAUUGAGGUUUGUAGGGCUUUCAAGAUUGAAUUCGGAUUUGUUUGGUGAUCGCUCUCUUUAGUUGACUAUCUGUGGAGUUUGGUGUUUUAUUCAGAUCUCUGGAAUUUGGUUGUCCACGAGAAAUUGAUGCUUGAUUUAGUUGCAACUGUAACUUCGGAUUACGGAACUUAAGAAAAAAAAGAGUAGUUUGAGGAACUUGAUAUAUGUAUCAGAAGGGAAAAUGGCGGCAGGUACUGAUUUCUCUCCUCCGUUUACCUUAUUAGAUGUUGGAUACAGCAAAGUCAAUGUGUCUGUCAUGGAAGAUGAAAAUUCAAAUAAUUCAGAUAAUUUGAAGCAACUCACAAAUGGAAAGCCUCCGCGACACCUCUCAGUUAUGCGGCAUUGCAUAAGCUCUGCUAGGCUGCUCGCUGCUACUGAUUUUGAAUUAGGUACUGGGAUGAUUGUUAAGUCCCCUCCAGAUGGAAAAUCAGGGUUUUUACCUGUGUUUCGAUCAGGAAGCUGUGCUGAGAGAGGACCUAAACAGUACAUGGAGGACGAGCACAUAUGUAUAGAUAAUCUUAUUGAACAUCUAGGUGCAACUGCAGACUUUCCUUCCCCUGGAGCUUUCUAUGGGGUGUUUGAUGGCCAUGGUGGCACAGAUGCAGCAUCAUUUGUCAGAAAGAACAUCCUCAAGUUCAUUGUUGAGGAUUCCCAUUUUCCACUUUGUGUGCAAAAAGCUAUUAAGAGUGCUUUUGUGAAGGCUGAUCAUGCAUUUGCUGAUGCCAGUUCUCUUGACAUCUCCUCUGGCACUACUGCUCUAACUGCCUUUAUUUUUGGAAGGACAAUGCUAAUUGCCAAUGCUGGAGAUUGUCGGGCUGUGCUAGGGAAACGAGGUAGAGCACUGGAGCUGUCCAGAGACCACAAACCCAACUGCCCAUCUGAAAGAUUAAGGAUUGAGAAGCUUGGCGGAGUUGUCUAUGAUGGCUAUCUCAAUGGCCAACUAUCUGUGGCACGUGCACUUGGGGAUUGGCACAUGAAGGUGCCCAAAGGCUCUGCCUGCCCCUUAAGCGCAGAGCCAGAGUUGCAGGAGACCCUCCUAACUGAGGACGAUGAGUUCCUGAUAAUGGGCUGUGACGGCCUAUGGGAUGUAAUGAGCAGCCAGUGUGCUGUGACGAUGGCAAGGAAAGAACUAAUGCUCCACAACGAUCCUGAGAGAUGUUCAAAAGAGUUGGUUAGGGAGGCACUGAAGCGCAACACCUGUGAUAAUCUAACGGUUAUUGUGAUUUGUUUCUCCCCAGAUCCCCCUCCCCGGAUUGAGGUCCCUCAAUCACGUGUUCGGAGGAGUAUAUCGGCAGAAGGAUUGAAUUUUCUCAAGGGUGUACUAGACAGCAACUCUUGAAGAAAAGGGAAAUAGUUCGAGUAAAGAAGGGUGCCCAUUCAAGAAGGAAAAUGAUAAAAAAAAAAAGGCAAAAGGGAAAUCUGAAAAAGCGUCUGUACAAAGAGAUUGCAGGUAGAGUGACCACUGUUGUGGGGGUAUUCCCUUCCCCCACCCGGAGAAGCUGCUGCUGAUUUCCGGGGGAGGCUAACAUUCAGCCUUAUUGAUCCUUCAAAGUGAUGUACACGUCUGAGAUACAAUCGUGUUGUAACAACUGGAAGAACUAAUUGUUUAUUUCUCUGGCUGCAUAGGUUUCUUUCUCCAACCGAAAAAAUUUGAUGACUCGAGAAGCAUGCUAUUUCUCUACCACCCAAGUUCUCUGGCAGUUUUUCUGUUUUCUACUAGAUAUGCACUCAAUUGUUGAGAUGCCUUCAAAUUAUUUGAUUACAAUGAUUGUUUCCAGAGCUUGGUUUGCAUAAAGAAUCAAUAAGCAGGGUGCGGUGUUGAAUC